AUGGGGAAGAAGGCACAAGCCUCUUCGAAGCUGUUGGUGCGCCGAGUGUUGCGCCUUGGGUGGAAGCUGGUGGUUUUCUGGUCCGUCGCUCUCUGCGUGCUGUCGUUUAUCAGAACCCAGCUGUAUUUUCAGUCGCCGGAAUCUUCUUAUUCCCCGACGCAUCUGUCGAGAAGAACCCGCGUUCUGAGCUCGCAGUAUAGCGGCGAUCCUAAGAUAGCGUUCUUGUUUCUGGUGCGGAGGAGUUUGCCCCUCGAUUUCAUUUGGGAGAGCUUUUUCCAGAAUGUGGACAGGUCCAAAUUUUCGAUAUAUAUACACGCUGAGCCCGGGAUUGCGUUUGAUGAAUCUAUUACGAGCUAUGCUUUAUUUUUCAAUCGACAACUGAGAAACAGCAUUGAGGUAGCUUGGGGAGAAGCAAGCAUGAUUGGAGCUGAGAGGUUACUAUUUGAAGAAGCCCUUCAGGAUCCUGCAAAUCAAAGAUUUGUUCUCUUAUCUGACAGCUGUGUCCCUUUGUACAACUUCAGUUAUAUUUACAAGUAUCUGAUGGAUUCUCCGAGAAGUUUUGUGGACAGUUUUCAAGAUAAAAAUGAUGUUCGCUACAAUCCCAAGAUGUCACCAGUUAUACCCAGGAACAAAUGGCGGAAAGGAUCACAGUGGGUCACCUUAAUCAGAAGACACGCGGAGGUAGUUGUUGAUGAUGAAAUUGUUUUUCCAAUCUUCAGAAAGUUCUGCGGGAUGAAUGGCCUUGAGGCUGAGCUUGAAAGAAGAACAGUUACAUACACUUUAUGGAACACUGUGUCUUUCCACCCUUUUACAUUUAGCUAUGCAAAUUCAGGGCCCGAACAGAUAAAAAGAAUAAAGAACAUAAACCACGUAAGCUAUGAAACAGAGUUCAGAAUCGAAUGGUGCAGUAAUAAUUCCACGUUCGUUCGAUGUUUUCUGUUCGCGAGGAAAUUUUCUCGAGCAGCAGCCAAGCACCUUCUAAGUCAAGGGGUAGUAGGUAACAUUUGA